AUGGCAAAAAUAAAGUUCCUUCACGGCAUGGACGACAAGAGGAUAAUAACCAACUUGAGCAUGGACAAAGGUGGGAGCUGUUGUCUGAGCAACAAUAGAUUUGAUGGUUUCAAGCCCUCAAACAGUACUACGCCAUGGAGCAAAGAUCCAAUUAUAGUACAAGCACUACCAGCGAUUCAAGGGCCACCAUUUGAUAAUGGGAAUCCACAGGAGCUACCAGCAAGAAAAAGGAGGCCAUCGAGGAACACAAGCCCGCUAGUAACAUACAAGAAAACACAGGAAGAAGGAUCACAAGUCCCUCUCGUGCGCAUCAAAGUUAAGCACUCUAGUACUGAAUGUGCACCAAGGGGACUUGUUGAAAAGACUCUUGUUGAGAAGAAACCCUAUCAAGAGAAUGAAGGUACAGUUACAAGAAUUUCUCCGAUUAUUGCUGCGAGGGAGCUGCCGCCAGGCCAAGUCCUUAAAAAGGGGAUGCCAACCCAAUCAUCGGCUGGACCAAAGGUAGGGACAUGGAAGAGGAACGUUCAAUUAACUGAAAUAAAUAUAGAUGAGACGAAGCGCAAGCUACGUGGAGCUUACCAGGAAGCAGAAAAGUCGAAACAGAGACGUGCAAUCCAAGUUGUGGAGUUGUCUGACAUUUCAAAAUCAAGAGAGAACCACGUAGUUAGCAGGGCCCCUUCGACCGAGUCAAUGAAUCUCACCAACAGGACCUACAUGACGAAUCGAAGUCAGAUAAUCAAGAGUUGGGAAAAUGAUCAAUGCAAAUGA